AUGAAGAGUUUAUCCGGUUGCAAGAAAGUCCUCCCGCGUCAAAUAAGGCCUCUGAAACCUGCAGACUCUGAUGUCUGCGACCCAGAACUGCCUCCUCGACUUUUUGUCCGUGAUUAUUAUCGGAUUGGUGCGAGAGUCAAUGCUUAUUUGAAGCCGGAAUUGCUUGCCGAUAUUACCGCAGCUCUAAACGGGACGCCGGAACUAGAAAAGAAUCCGUAA